AUGAUUCCGUUACCGGCCAAACGGCGCAAAUCAAACUCCUCUGCGGCAAUCCCCGUCGAAGCCCCGAACGUUGAGCACGCAUCUUCCAGUCGCGAUGGGAAACCCCAGCGUACAAGCCGGUCAUCCUUCCGGUCGCCAACGAAAGCGAGCGUCGCGCGAUCUCAACCAGAACUACUAUCGCGGGUGCUAGGCCGGUCGGUAGCCGAAAGGGCCUUGCGGUCUGAAAAUCGCGGUUUCGAACUGCACAACCGGCAAGGGGAUGAAAAGAAAACUGCCCUUGGAGCAGCGCAGAGCAGCCUGAAUCCAGAUAUCUCGCUCCCGCCGCCAAAGUCCAAAGCUGGAACCAAGCCUCCUCUCGCCGCGGGUGGGCGCCAGACACAGGGAGAGGACUCCUGGGGUUCCCAGCCGUCGAAAUUAAACAAUGGCACCGUGAGACGGUCUGCCAGAAGAGCGCUAUUUGCAUCCCAACGCAGCUCUGCUACUGUAAAGUUGGCGUCUGGAACUGGCGGCUUGAGUGAAUCGCAGAAUAAAGAUGAUGACGAAGGAGAGCCAGAGUUACCUCCGACCCCAACACAGCUACGCGUCCAGAAGCUCUCCAUUCGCUCGAGGACCCUUACGAGCAGGAGUCCCAGUCUUCGGUUGCAGGAACGGAAUAAACGGACGUUGGAGCAGCAAGCAGGGCCAAGUCACCUUGAACAAGAUAUCCACAGGACGCAAGGAGAAGAUCAGGAUUCAGGCCCGUUAGCGAAUAUUCCACAGCCGGAAGAGAUUAUACCGAAAGAACUGCGAGAGAAACGGAAGCUUCGUGAUGAGCUUGCCGCGCAAUUGGAAAGACUUAAAAACGACGUUGCUAUUCUUGAGGAUUGUGGACAGCGAUUGGAGCAACCCAAUACUUUCGAGUCGAUGGAUGAAGAUCUCAUAAAACGCUUGCUGCUUUUACUGACUACUGACAACCCGUCCUGUGCUCCUCCGCCCCCAAAACCGCAACCAGUGCCGAUAUCCUCAGUGCUUUCAUAUCUUCUCCCAUUUUCCGCUCCUAAACAUAUUCCCAACCCAAUACCAGAACCUCCUAUAACUCCGCCCCCAGAAAAUCCGUUUGCACUCGAGCCACCUCCUGACCCUCUACCGUAUCUUACCCUUUUCGCGCCCCUUUCCCUAUCCACUCAUAAUACAACGACUUCUCAGUCUUCCUCGGACUCGCCACAAUCUCCAUCACGUCUUGUUCAAAUUCAUCAUUUGACCCUCUCUCCUCCUCCCGGGUUUCCUUCGUCGAUCUACAAGGUACCAAUCACCCUUGAGACCGACCCAGAACAGCAAAAGGUUCUAUCCAUUUCUAUCCCUAAGUCCUCAACAGCGCUGGAUAUUGCAAACAUUCCCACCCAGUUACGAAGGUGGAUGGACACCCGGCUCUCAAACCGGCUCCUUGGACAGGACGUAUCGGGAUUAUCAUGGGGUGUUUGCCGGUACUGGGAAGCAUGUGUCUCGCGCACGAAGAUCUGGAUACGCCUGGAAAAGCUACAGUCCAUCGUCAAUGAUGGGGGUUAUUCCGGGGACACCAGCAGCAAUGAAGAUAUUGAACCAGAGCAACACCCUCCUCGCGCUUUGAUCCCACACCUCGACCGUUCUUCAUUCUUGUUUUCAACCCAUAAAUCUGAGAAAUAUCAAAUCCUGGUAUCUUGCCCUGUUGAGAUCGAUCUCUGGACCAGUGAGCCGUUUUUGGAACCGGAUAUCUGCAUUUCGUCUCAGUCAGCCCGCGGGUCGGGCCAAGGGAAAGUUGAAAUCGAGGCGCGACGCGUGUUUUGGAGUAUGCUUAACCACCGCGGUGCUGAUGUUGACAUUGCCUGUGGUAAGAUUGUUAGAGCCGUGGAAGCCGUUGUGCGGGUUCUUUAUGGUCAAGAGUGA